AUGCGUAAAAAACAGGUGAAACCAACUAAAGUUGAGGGACACUAUCGAAGAUAUUCCCCUGAAUCACUGCUAAAGGCUUUUGAAGCUGUGAAAGAGAAGAAAGUGCCUGUAAAGAGAGCUGCUAGACAGUUUGAUGUUCCUGAAAAUACCCUAAGAGAUCGUGUUAAGGGUCGGAUUGAUGCAAAGAAUUUCUGUAUCGGGGGAGAAACUACUCUUAGCAGAGAAGAAGAGGAGGUUUUAGUGGAACAUGUAGAAGUUAUGGGACAGCUGGGAUAUGGUUACACAAACACAAAGUUACAGCAGAUAGCAGGAGAGUUAGCAUAUGAAAUGGGAAAGAAGAAAACGAACAAAGCAAUGAGCAAUAACUGGCUGUAUGGUUUCAUGAAUAGAUGGCAGAAAAGGUUGGUUUCAUUGUCCCCAAGAAGUUUGGACAGCUACAGGGCAAAAUGUUCAACACCAGAAGCAGUGUCAUCCUACUUCCGUAAUCUUCAGGACACUUUAAAAAGAUACGAUCUCCUAGAUAAGCCACAGAAUAUUUAUAACCUGGAUGAAACAGGAUUACAGCCUGACCAUAGACCACCUAACAUCAUAGCAAAACUUAACAGCAAACCUCAGGCAAUAACAUCUCCACGCUCAACGACAACUACACUAAUUGGUUGUGUGAAUGCUAUUGGGAAUUAUGUCCCACCUUUCUUUGUUUUCAAGGGAAAACGAUUUAAUCCAGACUUAAUGGAGAGUACAUCAUCCGGAGCAAGGGGAGAAAUGUCAGAGUCUGGCUGGUCAAAUGGUGACAUUUUUAAGAAAUAUCUCACAGAACACUUUCUACCGUAUGCAAGAGCAGGAGCAGACACCUCACAGCCAAUACUGAUUAUCUUUGAUGGUCAUUCAUCACACAUUUCACCAUCUUUAAUCAAAUGGGCAAGGUCACAGAACAUCAUACUCUUCGUUUUGCCAGCACAUACAUCACAUAUACUCCAACCAUUAGACGUCUCUCUUUUUGGCCCCUUCAAGUCAUUUUAUUACUCAGGGUGCGCAUCAUUCAUGCAGGAGAACGUUGGUAAGACCAUAACCAGAUUUGAUAUGGCCAGACUUGCAUGUAAAGCAUAUCUAAAGUCAAUGUCUCCACUAAAUAUCCAAGCUGGCUUCAGGAAAACUGGAAUUUACCCUCUCUCACAAGAUGUAAUUACCAUGGAAAAGCUAUUCCCAGCAGAAGGAUUCAGAGAAGAAAAUCCAACGGAUAAAGUAAAGGCCCUCAAGGCAGGAAAGGAAGCCGUAGAAGAAUUCGUUAAACUUAAACUGGAGCCUAGAAAUCAAGCUAUGACUGAAGCCAAAGAUCAAAGUGUAUGUCCCACUUGUAAGUGUUCAUCUGAAGUCCAGAAGAAACAAACCAAACCAAAACCCAGUGGCAGAGCCAUAACCGAGGACAGUUACCUGACAGAGUUGGAAGAUCCCAAGCCAUCUACAAGUGGAACACACAUAUCCAAGCCAGUAACAGAGAUAGACAAGGAAGUGUCAGAUACAGAGUUUGAAGAAGAGAUACCAGAGGAAGAGCUUUGCUGCAUAUGCAAGAAAUGGUCACCUCCAAAUCUGGCUGAUCAUCCUGGAAUUAAACUUAUCAACUGGGCUUACUGUGACAGAUGUACCCACUGUGUUCACCUAGCUUUCUGCUCAUCUGUGAGGGUUGUGAGACGACAUACCUCGUUUUUAUGUCCAUGCUGUGAAGCAUAA